AUGGAUUUUGUUGAAGGGUUACCUAACUCUGGAAAAUUUAAUGCCCUUUGGGUGGUAGUGGACAGAUUUACAAAAUAUGGCCAUUUUGUUCCCAUUUCUCAUCCAUACACAGCAAAGGUGGUGGCCCAACUUUUUAGGAAGCACAUGUUUAAGCUCCAUAGAAUGCCACAGUCAAUAGUUUCAGACAGGGACCCCUCUUUCACAAGUUCAGCAAGGUGGGAGGAAGUAAAAGUUACAUUGCGGAACCGUGAGCAACUGUGGAACCUGUUGGAACAGAAAAUGGUUAAGGCCCAAGAAAGAAUGCGGAAAUACGCUAAUAGCAAGAGGAAGGAACAAAGUUACCAGAUCGGGGAUUGGGUUUUCCUAAAAUUACAGCCCUAUCGGCAGUCUUCAAUCAGCUGGUGCCAAAGUCUUAAACUUUCACCUCGCUAUUACGGGCCAUACCAAGUAGAACAAAGGAUCGGGGAGGUAGCCUAUCAUUUGAAGCUUCCAGCCGCAACACAGAUUCACAGUGUAUUUCAUGUUUCACAGCUCAAGCCUAAGCUCAGCCAAGGAGUGUAA